AUGGAUGGGCACACCAGCAAUGCUGUACGCCUCGCCAAGGCAUGCAGUACAUGCAGACGGAAGAAGGUCAAAUGUGAUGGGAGUCGACCAAUCUGUGUCCCCUGCAAAACAUUCGACUUGCCCUGCAAGUACGAAGAUACCGUGCGACGCAAGAAAAAGCACAAUCGCCAUGAGCAUUUUCAGGAGCUGGAACAGCGGAUUGAAACUCUUCAAGACGAAUUGAAUGAAGCCCAUGCGGCCAAGAGACGACGAUUGCCAAGUAAUGAGGACACAGGCCCAGAGCACGUUGAACCCUCAGGAUUUUCCGAUCCAGGGCUACAAUAUCCGACAAAUGACGCCGCUCAUGCACCUUUCGAGGCCGAGGCCGACCCCGAUCGAGGCGAUGGCGACGGAGGGUCAUAUACCCUUAAAACUCCGAAAGGCGCAAUGCGCUUUUUUGGUGCAUCCUCUCAAUUUUCGAUCGUUUCCCCUGAGGGUGUUGGCUGGCUUGAAAGCAAGACGGGUAAUAAUUUGUGGCGCCAUACCGCCCAAAGAAACAGCAGUCGAUGGAGGCUAGCCGACUGGUAUCCUCGAGCCCUUCAAGAUGACUUUCAAAGCAGAUGCUCGCAGCCCUUACCAUCAAAGGCGGUUAUCCUAGAUCUUGUCCAUGAAUAUUUUGACACUUUCAACAAGGCUAUACCGCUCUUCGGGCCCGAAAGUUUCAUGAAAAUGGUCAGCAGACACUUCUCAUGGAAUCCUAACGAAAGCCCCUCGUGGUGGGCUGCUUUCAAUAUUGUCCUUGCCUUUGCAUAUAUGCAAAGAGCAGACAGUUCCGGUGCCAGCAGCGAUGACUGGCAAAAAUGUUUGGGUCAUGUCAAAAACGCAAUGAACGUGGUCACAGAGCUAUUCAUGCGAACCUGCGAUCUCCUCGCUGUUCAGGCGCUUCUUGGACUCGCAAUAUUCUUCCAAGGCACGCCAAACCCCCAGCCUCUGUUCAUGUUUGCCGCUGCAGCUGUACGUCUGUCGCAAUCUAUCGGGUUGCACAAGUCCAACUCCUUUGGUCUCCCAAUGUCCCAGGUGGAAGAGCGGAGAAGAGUCUUCUGGAUUGCGUUCAUUUUGGACGCCGACAUCUGCCAACGGACUGGCCGCCCUGCUGCGCAGGAUACCCGUGAUUAUAAUACUUUACUGCCUCAUGUGAACCCAUCAGAUAGUUUAGGUGUGGUUGAGAUCGGAAACGCCAAAAUCAAUUUCUUUUUGGCACUAGCCCGAUUUGCUGUGAUUCAACGGAAGGUCUAUGAUCAGCUGUAUAGCACCGAUGCAUUCAACAAAACCAACGAACAGUUGAUGAAAGAUGCGAGGGGUUGCUCUGACGAUCUUGAAGCAUGGAAGCGAAGUAUCCCACUGAUGCUCCGGCCCCGAAGAAAAUUUUCGACCGGCCACCAUAUCUUCCUACCGCACAUCCUCAGACUUCACUUUGCGUACCAUUGUUGCCAUCUCAAUAUCCACCGGGUCUGUCUACUUCCACGGCGCUGGUCGACCAGCCCACAGAAUGAGGGUCUUAGUCCCUCGGGUCUGUUGAAUGACCGAGAGAGAUCAGUGCAACAAUCAAUAGAAGCCGCACGAGCGGCGAUUGAACUAAUCAGUCAAGUUCAAGGCCACUAUGGCCAAUCCUUCGAAUGGAGCGUUGUUUACUUCUCCGGGGCAGCUUUGGUUGCAUUGUUCUCCCACAUUCUCAUUGAUCCUUCGCGUCCUGACAUAGAAUCGGAUAUUGUUAUGAUUCAUGGGGUUGUUGAUUUUAUAUCAAAGGUCGCAUCCCAGGAACAAGAUACAUACCUAGACUAUGUAUUGGCACUGUGCUCUGAGUUCGAAAGUGCAGCCAGAGAACAGUUACAUCGGGCCAGAAAUCCGGAGGCAAACCCCAUGGGUGAUAAUCAACAAGUUGCCAUUCACCCGCAAGGGCGAACGUGGACACAGAAUGGCUAUUUGCCCUCGAACUCUUUCCCGGCUUUUGUCAAUCAUCCCCAGCGGACUGAAAAUGACGGUAGCAACGCUCCACCCUCAAGUGUAAUGUCUACAGACCAAGGUUUCUAUACUACAGGGCUAUCGCCGUUGCCCGUUCCUCUUUCUUGGAACUGGCAAGACAUGCUAGCAGGUGUGCCUCCGGCGUAUGAUUUUGGGGGAUGUGAUUUAGCUGGAAACACUGGAGAGUUGUGA